AUACAACCUUUGGAACCACUUAUGGUUUUUGUUCAAAAUUGUCCCAAACUAAAAAUGCUUCUUAUCGACCGGGUUCGUACUCUUCCCUUACCUCAAACAAACGCAUACAAUUUUGAUGGACCAAAUAUUAAAAUCUAUCUAAGAGAGGAUUUCACGCUUUCUUGGAACCAUCCGAGUUCUGUUCCCAAAUGCUUGUUAAACCAUCUCGAGAUAUAUGGAGGAAGAAGCCAAGAGAAGGAACUUGUGAGCUACAUUCUUGCCAACUCUAGGUGUUUAAAACGAGUUGCAAUCAACAAUCCAGAAGAUAAUGAAGAGAUGAUGGACGAGUUAAAAUCUAUGUCUAGGAUUUCACAAUCUUGUCAGCUUACGUGCACUCCAAUAAUUCUGCAAGACACAUAUCUAGACCGCUAUACUUGCUACUGA